GGGGCGGCGGGCGGCGGGCGGCGGGCGGCGGGCACCAGGGACGCGGGCGGCGGGAGUGCGGGUCGGGGAGGAGCGAAGGCCGCGGGUGGCCGUGGUCGGUCCUCCGCGGCUGAGAAGCCGAGGGCUCCGACGCGGGCUGCACUCGGUGAGCGGCGGGCAGAGCUAAACUUUCGCUGACUGGACCGACUGAGGAGCGGCCCAGCGGGUUGGGGUCACUGCGAGCUUCACCGAGAGGCUACUCCGCCCUCGGCCGCGGUCACUGGCUCCGGACUGACGGCUCGGCGGACCAUGGCGUCCUCGGCUCGCCUGGUCACCAUCAAGCGGAGCGGCGAGGACGGCGCACACUUCCCGCUUAGCCUCAGCUCCUGCCUGUUUGGAAGGAGUAUUGAGUGUGACAUUCGUAUCCAGCUGCCUGUAGUGUCAAAAAAACAUUGCAGAAUUGAAGUCAAAGAGGAAGAGGCAAUAUUAUAUAAUUUCAGUUCCACCAAUCCAACGAAAGUAAAUGGGGCUACUGUAGAUGAGCCUGUGCAGCUGAGACAUGGAGACAUAAUAACAAUCAUCGACCGCUCUUUUAGGUUUGAAGGUGGAAGUCAUGAGGAUGGAAGCAGGUCAACAGAAUUUCCAGGAAAGUCACUUGGAAAGGAACCAGCGCGGCGAGCCUCAAGAGAUAGCUUCUGUGCUGACCCUGAUGGGAAAGGUCAAGAUACCAAAGCUUCAAAAAUGACCACUUCAAGAAGAUCUUUUGUGCAUGCCAAGGGCCUCUCUGCAGAUAGUCCUGCCUCAGAUGGUUCAAAGGACAGUGUUACCCAAGAUUCAUCAGAGCAUGUAGAAUGGCACAAUCGCAGAAACAUAGGAGAGCCCACCUCUGGGGAUCUCUUUAAGAAGUCCAGGGCUACAGCGAGCAGUUACAGGGAACUGAAGUCUUCUCCUGCACAGAGGCUUAGCAAUAGCAACAAAAAUGAAUCUCCCUUUGAGAAACUUUAUCAGUCAAUGAAGGAAGAGUUGGAUGUAAAAUCACAGAAAUCUCGUAGAAAAUCAGAACCCCGAUCUGACCAUGCAGCAGAAGAAUCGUGGAAGACACGACUAUUGGUAUCAGGCAAGGCAAGACCGAAGUCCAGUGGAAGCACCCCUCUUACAGCAGCCUCUUCACCCAAAGUAGGAAAGAUCUGGACGGAGAGAUGGGGUGGUGAUAUGGGGCCUGUUCAGACUUCCACAGAGGCAGCUAAAAUGAAGACCCCUGUGCAGAAUUCAGAGCAACUUAAGGAUGAAGACUCUUGUGUUACUGGCAGAAGAAAUUCUGUGAAUCUGGAUGAAAAUGAAAGUGCCCAGGCAGUUCAUAAAAUAGUCACUCCUGGGAAACUGGUAACUAGAAACCAAACUGCGGUGAAAGUUGGAGAUGUUGCCAGCCCUGCUGAUACACCAGAAAAUGGCUCUUCCAAAAAGAGAAGACGUAUUCCUGCAAAUGUAGAGGCUGCGUCUGCAGAGACACAAAAGCAGCUCUCUUUAACUCAGGGCCUUGCUCUAAAUGAAAAGAAAAGUCCCAAGAAUUCCUUCAGCAAACCUGAGAAACUGGCCACAGCAGCCGAACAGACUUCCUCUGCAAUACCUGGUCUUAGUUCCAUUGAUAUGAGCAACUUUGGUGAUUCUAUUAACAAGAAUGAGGGAAUGCCUUUGAAGAGAAGACGUGUAUCCUUUGGUGGUCAUCUAAGACCUGAAUUGUUUGAUGAAAACUUGCCUCCUAAUACACCACUCAAAAGAGGAGAAACACCAACCAAGAGGAAGUCUCUUGGCUCUCACAGUCCAGCUGUCCUGAAGAAGAUCAUCAAGGAACGGCCUCAGUCUCCAGGGAAACAAGAGUCUCCUGGAGUAACUCCCCCGAGGACAAAUGAUCAAAGACGCAGAUCAGGCAGGACUUCACUUGCUUCCAGUGGAAGCAAAUUCUUAAAUGAGACAGACAUUCCCAAGAAAGGAGGUAGGAAGAGCGGCAACCUGCCUGCAAAGAGAACAUCCAUCAGCCGAAGUCAGCAUGGUAUUCUACAGAUGAUUUGCUCCAAAAGAAGGAGUGGUGCUUCUGAAGCCAACCUGAUUGUUGCAAAAUCGUGGGCUGAUGUUGUAAAACUUGGCGUGAAACAAACACAAAUGAAAGUUGUGAAACAUGUCCCUCAAAAGCAGGCAAGCAAAAGACAAAAAAGACCCAGUACUCCAAAGAAACCCACAAGCAACCUUUACAAUCAAUUUACUACAGGCCAUGCAAACUCGCCCUGUACCAUUGUAGUAGGGAGGGCACAGAUUGAAAAAGUAAGCGUGCCUGCCCGACCCUAUAAAAUGCUGAACAACUUGAUGCUAAACCGAAAAAUAGACUUCAGUGAAGAUCUGUCAGGACUAACUGAAAUGUUCAAGACUCCAGUGAAGGAGAAGCAGCAGCAGAUGAGUGACAUGGGCUCCAUUCUUUCCAAUUUAGAGAAUUUGUCUGAAAGACCGUCGCAAGUAACUAAUUCAGGAGACACACCCUUGCCCAUCACUGCAGAGAUUUUAGGAGAAAAAGUGUUCUCCAGUACUCAGAAUGUAGUAAAGCAGCAAUCUGAUAGAUAUUCUGCAAGUCCUACCUUAAGACGGCGGAGCAUCAAACAUGAAAACACAGUGGAAACUCCUAAGAAUGUCCAUAACAUUACUCCCCUUGAGAAGAAGACUCCAGUCUCUGAGACAGAGCCUCUGAAGACUGCGAGUAUGAGCAAGUUAAGGAGAUCUAGAGAGCUCAGACAUACCCUUGUAGAAAGUAUGAAUGAAAAAACAGAAACAGUCCUUGCCGAGAGGAUCACAGGAAGACAUUUAAGGAAGACAUUUCAAGGACAAGAAAUGGAUCAACAGGUGCAGGACAGUGAAAACUCUUCACAAAGAUGCAAAGAAAAUGGUGAACUAAGUGAAAGUUCAGAAAAGGCAUCAGCUAGGAGAUCAAGUGCCAGGAAGCAGAAGCCAACAAAAGACUUAAUAGUAAGUCAGAUGGUCACCCAAACAGCAGACUGUGCUGAGGAACUUCUUGGUCAAGAACAAGGAACCAUACAAAACCUAGAGGAAUCCAUGCACAUGCAAAACACAUCAAUAAGUGAUGAUCAAGGAAUCACAAAACAAAAAAUGAACAUAGCCGUAUAUGCAACCAAAGAGAAGCACUGGCCAAAGACCCCUGCCAAAACAACACAACCUCUAGAAGGCCCAGCUGAUCUCAAGGAGCACUUUGAAACACCAAACCGCAAAGAUGAACUCAUAGGUGAUGAUAAAAUUAAAGUCCUUUGCAGAUCCCCACAACCUACAGCAGAGAACAUCAAAACAAGCACAAAGCCAUGGACCAGCACGUCUGGGAAGAAAGUAGACAUGAAGGAAGAACUCUCUGCUCUGACAAAGCUUAUACAUAUGUCAGGGGAAACCAGGCAUACUUCCAAAGUCUUAGAACUUGAGCAUGGGGAUAUCAAAGCUUUGAAGCAAUCUGAAAAUGAAGUACUGGCCCCAACAAUAACUGGAAGCAAGAGGACUUUACAAAGAGCUAAGGAAAAGGCUCAGGCCCUGGAAGACCUGACUGGUUUCCAGGAACUCUUUCUAUCACCAGACCCUGGUGUCAAAAUCACAAAAAUGCCCCACAAAUCUUCACACACAGAACCAGUCAGAACCCCAGCAAGCACAAAAAGACUCUCCAAGACAGGUCUCAAGAAAGUAGAUGUGAAAGGAGAGCCUUCAACACUUGGGAAAAGAAAAAAAUCACUCGGCAGAGCUGCAGGCACACCAGCACCAGAGCAGGGAGAAAAUGACAACACAGCCUUUAUGGAAACUCCAAAGCAGAAACUGGAUUUCACAGGAAAUUCAACAGGACAUAAGAGAAGGUCACAGACACCUAAGAUCAAAACUCAGCCCCUAGAAGACCUGGAUGGCUUCCAAGAACUCUUCCAAACACCUGCUGGUGCCAGUGACCCUGUGAGUGUUGAGAAAAGUGCAAAGAUGUCUUUGGAAUCUUCACGAGCAGAACCAAUCAGAACCCCAGCAAGUACAAAGAGACUGUCCAAGACAGGUCUCAGUAAGAUGGAUGUGAGAGAAGAGCCUUCAACACCUGGGAAAAGAACAAAGUCACCAGGCAGAGCUGCAGGCACACCAGCACCAGUGCAGGGUGAAAAUGACAACACAGCCUUUAUGGAAACUCCAAAGCAGAAACUGGAUUUCACAGGAAAUUCAACAGGACAUAAGAGAAGGUCACAGACACCUAAGAUCAGAACUCAGCCCCUAGAAGACCUGGAUGGCUUCCAAGAACUCUUCCAAACACCAGCUGGUGCCAGUGACCCUGUGAGUGUUGAGAAAAGUGCAAAGAUAUCUUUGGAAUCUUCACAAGCAGAACCAAUCAGAACCCCAGCAAGCACAAAGAGACUGUCCAAGACAGGUCUCAGUAAGAUGGAUGUGAGAGAAGAGCCUUCAACACCUGGGAAAAGAACAAAGUCACCAGGCAGAGCCACAGGCACACCAGCACCAGUGCAGGGAGAAAAUGAUACCACAACCUUUAUGCAAACUCCAAAGCAGAAACUAGAGUCUGCAGGAGAUUUAACAGGGCAUAGGAAACAGUCCAGAACACCUAAAGCAAAGGCCCAAUAUCUAGAAGACAUCACUGUUUUCCAGGAGCUUUUCCAAACACCAGACCAUGCCAAUGGCCCAUUAGCGGUUGACAAAACCAAAAAAAUGUCCUGUAAUUCUUCACAACCAGAAAGUGCCAUAACCCUAAAGAACAUAGAGAGACAGUCCAGGGCAAGUAUGAGUAAAAUGGAUGUUAAAGGUGAACUUUUAGAAUCAGAGGAACAUCUACAAUUAGGAGAAGGUAUAGACACACUUAAAAUACCCAAAGACAAAGUCAUUAGAUCACCUAGGAAACCUGCAAAGCGUAAACUGGAUCCAACAUCUAGGAUGCCUGGCAGCAAGAGGAUGCGAUAUUCCUCAAAGGAUAACACAACAUGCCUCGAGGACCUGAGUGGCUUCCAACAGCUCUUCCAAAUGCCAGCCUAUGCUAAGGACUCUUUGACCAUUGAAACCUCAACAAUCCUUACUAGAUCACCACAGCCAGGACCAGUUAGAACCCAAAUCAACAGAAAGAGUCUUCCCAAGAUAAGCCUGAGAAAAGUGGAUAUGACAGAAGACCUUUCAGUUGUCUCGAAGCAGUCAUUGGGUAGAGCCUGCACAGCACCAGUGCAGGAGGAUAAUAAGUUCAAAACAAUUAUGGAGACUCCAAAGGAAACACUGAAGACUGCAGCAGAUAGAACUGGGCUUACCAGACAGCCACAAACACCUAAGGAAAAAGUCCAACCCCUGGAAGAUUAUGGUGGCUUCCAAGAACUCUUCCAAACACCACGCUACAGCUCUCAUCCACUAAUUGGUAACAAAAGAACAAGAAUGUCCUUGAAAUCUCCACAACCAGGAUUUGCUAGAAUCCCACAAACCUCAAAGAGACUGGCUAAGACAAGUGUUGGGAAUGUCGAUGUGAAAGAAAUGCUCUCUCCACUGAAUGGUCCACAGCCUGCUACAGGGGAGGUUGUACACAUACCAAUAGGGCCAGAAGAAAAUGACAGAGGGAACAAAGGUGUGAAGGAAUGCAUACCUCAGACACUGGGCUCAUCAGGAAGUCGAACUGUCAGACAGAAGCAUCGAGGGACACAUGAGGAAAGGUCUCAGUUCUCAGGAGACUUAUUUUAUCUCCCAGAGCUCUUUCAAACACCAGCCAGUGGCAAAGACCCAGUGACUGUUGGUGAAACUACAAAAAUGACUUUGCAAUCUUCACAACCAGGAUAUAUCAGGACCCCAGCAAGCACAAAGAGACUGCCCAAGACUAGUCUCGUGAAAGUGGAUAUGAGAGAACUUUCCAUACUUGAGAAACAAACACAGUCACGAGGCGGAGCCAAAUGUACACCAGCAUCGGUGCAGGAAGAAAAUGACAACACAGCCUUUAUGGAAACUCCAAAGCAGAAACAGGACUUUGCAGAGAACUCAGCAGGGAGUAAGAGAAGGUCUAAGAUCAGAACUCAGCCCCUAGAAGACCUGGAUGGCUUCCAAGAACUCUUCCAAACACCAGCUGGUACCAGUGACCCUGUGAGUGUUGAGAAAAGUGCAAAGAUGUCUUUGGAAUCCUCACGAGCAGAACCAGUCAGAACCCCAGCAAGUACAAAGAGACUGUCCAAGACAGGUCUCAGUAAGAUGGAUGUGAGAGAAGAGCCUUCAACACCUGGGAAAAGAACAAAGUCACCAGGCAGAGCUGCAGGCACACCAGCACCAGUGCAGGGAGAAAAUGACAACACAGCCUUUAUGGAAACACCAAAGCAGAAACUGGAUUUCACAGGAAAUUCAACAGGACAUAAGAGAAGGUCACAGACACCUAAGAUCAGAACUCAGCCCCUAGAAGACCUGGAUGGCUUCCAAGAACUCUUCCAAACACCAGCUGGUGCCAGUGACCCUGUGAGUGUUGAGAAAAGUGCAAAGAUGUCUUUGGAAUCCUCACGAGCAGAACCAGUCAGAACCCCAGCAAGUACAAAGAGACUGUCCAAGACAGGUCUCAGUAAGAUGGAUGUGAGAGAAGAGCCUUCAACACCUGGGAAAAGAACAAAGUCACCAGGCAGAGCUGCAGGCACACCAGCACCAGUGCAGGGAGAAAAUGACAACACAGCCUUUAUGGAAACUCCAAAGCAGAAACAGGACUUUGCAGAGAACUCAGCAGGGAGUAAGAGAAGGUCUAAGAUCAGAACUCAGCCCCUAGAAGACCUGGAUGGCUUCCAAGAACUCUUCCAAACACCAGCUGCUACCAGUGACCCUGUGAGUGUUGAGAAAAGUGCAAAGAUGUCUUUGGAAUCUUCACAAGUAGAACCAAUCAGAACCCCAGCAAGCACAAAGAGACUGUCCAAGACAGAUCUCAGUAAGAUGGAUAUGAGAGGAGCACUCUCUCCCCUGAGUAAGCCAAUGUGUGCAUCACAGAAAGUCAUGCACACAUCCACGUUUUCAGAAGAUCAUGGCAGAGAGACCAAAGAUGUGAAGGUAUUGCUAGCUGAGACGUUUGACCCAGCAGUACAUGUUACUCAUAGCAAGAGGCAGCAAGGGUUGUGUAAGAAAAGGUCCCAGUCCCCAGAAGACCUGUUUGGUCUUCAGGAGCUCUUCCAAACACCAGGACAUAACAAGGAUUCAGUGACACUGGACAAUCUUGCAAAACUGCCCUGCAGGUCUCCACCACCAGAGCCAAUAGACACUUCAGUAGCUUCACGGAGACAGCCCAGAACUGGUCUGAGGAAAGUUCAUGUGAAAAAUGAACUUUCAGGAGACAUAAUGCAUCCACAAAUGUCAGGGGAUAUCGUGGACUUACCUAGACAACCAGAAGGUGAAGACAAAGUCAUUAAAACAAGGAAGCAAUCUGUAAAGCGGAAAUUGGACACAGCAGUCAAUGUGCCUGGCAGUAAGAGGCAAAGAAUUACAAGAGCAGAAAAGACCUUAGAGGAUCUGCCUGGCUUCCAAGAGCUAUGCCAAGCUUCAGGGUUAGUAAUGGACUCAGUUAUUGUUGACAAAACCACAAAGAUGCAUAGCAAAUCUCCAGAACCUGUGGAUACAACUUUAGAGACACAGCCAAGAAGACAACUCAGGAGGAGACUGGGUGUGACUGAAGAGCCCAUGUCACAAAGAAAGACUACAAGAGUGGUAAGGCAAACCAGAAACACACACAAAGAGCCGGAAGAUGAUAGUAAAUGUAUCGAAGAGUUUAAGGAAUCUUCAGCACAGAAAGAAGACCCAGCCAUAAGUUUAACUGGCAGGAGGAACCAACCAAGGACAGUUAAGGAGAAUACCCAACCCUUGGAAGAACUGACCAGUUCACAAAAGGAAACUGCCACAAGAAUGUCUUGCAAAUCUCCAAAACUAGAAAAGAAGAAAACCUUAGCAGGCUUAAAACGACAGGUCAGAAUACAACUGUUCAAAGUGAGUGUAAAAGAGGAGCCCACAGCACAGAGAAAGCAGCCAGCCAGGGAAACCAGGAGCACACUCAAAGAGCCUGUGGGUGACAGUAUAAAUGUUGAAGAGCUUAAGAAGUCUACAAAGCAGAAAAUUGACCCAGUAGCAAGUAUGCCUGUCAGCAAGAGACCACGGAGGGUACCCAAGGAGAAGGCACAGACUCUAGAAUUUCCUGGUCUCAAAGGACCAAUCCAAACUCUAGGUCACACUGAGGAAUCAGCAAGUGAUGAAGGACCCACACAAAUGCCCUGUAAUUCUCUACAACCAGAGCAAGUUGAUAGCCUCCAGACUUCACCAAGACAUCUCAGGACAAGACAUGGGAAAGUAGAGGCAGACAAAGAGCCAUCAGCAAUAAGGAAGACAGUGCAAACAUCAAGGCAAACUAUGCGAUCCUGCAAGGUCCCUAAAAUUGAUGACAAUGGUACCCAAGCUUCAAAGGCUCCUGUAAAGCAGACAGUAGAUAUAGUAGCCAAAGUAACUGGCAGUAGGAGGCGGCUAAGGACACAUAAGGAUGGGGUUCAACCUCUUGAAGUCCUGGGUGACUCCAAAGAACAAAUAUCAGACCACUCUGAGAAACUAAGACAUGACACUAAUAUCCUUAAGAGCACUCUACAGCAAGAGCCAGACUCAGUAAAACCUCUGAGAACAUGCAGAAGAGUGCUGAGGGCCUCUAAAGAGGACCCCAAGGAAGUGUUGGUGGAUACCAGAGACCCUGCAGCAUUACAAAGCAAAAACAACCCUUUACUGUGCCCCAAGAGGAAAUCUGCAAGAGAUGGAAUCAUUCUGAGAACCAGGGCUUUGCGCUCUGUAACACCAAAGCAGGAAGCAACAGAUGAGAAGCCUGUACCUAAGAAGCAAAGGGCUGCUUCCAGCAAGAGGCAUGUAUCACCUGAGCCUGUGAAGAUGAAACACCUGAGAAUCAUGUCAAACAAACUUGACUCAGUGGAAGAGCAGGUUAGCACCAUUACAAAAACAGAAGAAAUGGAAGCCAAAAGAGAAAACCCUGUCACUCCAGAUCAGAAAACACCCCAGAGCUCUAGGUACCGAAAGAAAACCAGUGAAAAACGGCCAAGACCCACACUUGAUGCAUCUGCAGAGAAGGUUGGGAUAAAGAAAAAUGAGAAGACUAUGAAGACUGCCUCCCAGGAGACAGAGCUGCAGAAUCCAGAUGCUGGAACCAAGACGUCUACCUCUCGGGGCAAAGUCAGUGGGAAAAGAACGUGCUUGAGAUCUAGAGGACAGACUGAGAUUCCCCAGCCUCGUGAAGCAGAAGAUAAAACAAGCAAAUCAGGUGCAGAAAUUUUGACUCAGAAAGAAAAAGGAGUCUCUGGAGAUUCAGAUGUUAGGUGUUUGAGAUCCAGAAAAACUAAAGUCACUUUGGACAGUGAACCUAAGCCAAGAGUAACUCAAGGUGCCAAGAAAGAUGCAAAAACUCUGAAGAAGGAUGAAGACAUUGUAUACACCAAGAAGUUAAGAACAAGAAGUCACCAGAAAAGUUAAACUAUGUUGCAAAGACAUUUAAGAAGGAAAAAUCAAUUUGUCUUAGUGAUAAAUUCCAGUGUGAUUUUUCACCUGCAGUGUAAAGGUGAACUGUAAAUAAUACUGCCCGUGUUUAAGGAAGGAAGCUUUGGGCUUUCCUGGUCAUACUCUCUUCAAGCUCCAAUGGAGACCAUGAAGGAGAUCACUAGGGGUCUCAGAGCAAUUAACAGUUUAAUGUUUAGGGUGAGCAGGCAGAAAUGUAGCCCUCUGUCCUACCCAAUAAAGCUCUGAAAUUC